AUGGCCCAUUCCAACGUCUGGUACUCACGCCCAAGAAUCUACGGUAAAGGUUCACGUAGCUGCCGUGUCUGUGGCAAGAACGGACAAGGUUUAAUCCGUAAAUACGGUAUGGAUAUCUGCCGUCAAUGCUUCCGUGAGAAUGCCAGCGCUAUUGGUUUCGUCAAGUACAAGUAA